AUGGACAAUGAUUUUUUACUUGGUGAAAAAGAAUUGAGAGAAAUCAAUCCUCAUAUGAUUUAUUACAUUUUUUUACCGUUGCUUAUAUUUGAUUCGUCUUUUAACAGUCAGUUUUAUGUUAUUCAACCACAAAUUCUAUCGGCUAUACUUCUAGCUGGUCCUGGCGUGUUGAUCUCUAUUAGUAUUGUUGCCGUGGUUGCCGUUUAUAUAUUUCCUUACAAUUGGUCUUGGCUAGUUGCUCUUAUGUUUGGAAGUAUUCUAAGUGCAACAGAUCCUGUUGCUGUUGUGGCAUUAUUACACGAUUCGGGGGCGAGUCGAUGUGAUAGUGCCCAGAAAGUUGUUAUUGAUACUGUUAAAUUCACCAUCGGAGGCUCGGCUUUUGGCUUUGCCUGCGGCAUACUUGCUGUGAUCGUUUUGAAUCGUAUCAAUAAUGAACUCGAAGUCGAAAUUAUAUCGACUUUUGGUCUAGCAUAUUUGAUUUUUUACGUUGCUGACGUUGAACUUGGUGUUUCAGCUGUACUCGCACUGGUAGUAAUGGGACUUUUCAUGGCUAAACAUAAAUAUUGUAUCAGUAGUCGUGUGCAAAUUCCGAUGGUCAAUACCUGGCGUAUCAUUAUCGAUUUUGCCAAUAUUCUUAUUUUUAUGAUUACUGGAAUCAUUCUAGCCCAAUCAUUAGUUGGUACGAAAGCAACUAUUGUUGCACUUGAUUUCGGAUUUUCUAUUGUAUUGUACAUUGCACUACAUGUCGGACGUCUAUUGUCCGUUCUUAUUGUCAGUCCAUUAAUACAUUGGAGUGGUGUGCAUCUAUCUUGGAAAGAGUAUACAAUUUUGACUUGGAGUGGUUUACGAGGAAGUACACCGGAAAGUGAAACCGUUUUAUUACAAGCUCUUAUACACAUGCGAAAACUAACACUGAAUCAACUUCACAAGAUGAAAAAAGAGAAACAAUUUUCUGAUGUUGAUUGGAAUCUGCUCAACGAAUAUUUACCGGAAAAAUUGGUUAAAAAAAUGGAUUCAGAACGAAAAACUAAUGUUUAUCGACGAUUUUCCAUUACAUCGGAUUCAUUUUGCAGUCCAUCGUCAACUACAUGUCCAAUAACUACGAUAACAGAUAUUGAAUCAAAAGAAAUUCCGAACAUACAUGAAAUGGAUUAUGUUCCCAUCAAUGCCAUGCUGAAUCAACAGGAUAUAUCUCACCAAGAUGUUGUAUUGUCCAUGAUCGAUUUUCGACCAGAUGAUAAGGAAAAAAAUGAUAAUUUUCGAAACGAGUUAACUAUUCGUUUUCUCACAGCAUUGUCAGUUGAUUACGAGAAACAAUGGUAUAUUGGAAUGAUUCGUCGACGAACACUCUACAUACUAAUUAAAUCCGUCGAAAACGCCAAACAUCAACAUUCAUUAAAACUUCAUUGGAGAUUGAUUGUCAAAAGUUUUCGCUUGUCAAAAUGGCUGUUAAAUCUCAUGCGAUUCGACUAUAUCGAUUGGAUUACCAAACAAUUUAAUAAAUUAUUGUUUGAUCAUAUCUUUCUCACCAUUGAAUUGAUUCUCGCUUUCUAUUCGGCUCGAACUCGUAUGGAUAAUCUUCGAAUGCAAUUUCCUGAAUUGGCUAGUAUUGAUGAACGAAUAUGGCAUGAAGUUUUCCAAGAAACUCAUUUAUAUCAUGUCACUGCCAUCAGCAUGCUUCUUGAUCUGAAACAAUCAUAUGAAAUUUGUUGGCGAAUUCACAUGACAAAACGAUCUGCUCAAAUGUUACUUAAAUAUGAAUCGAAGACGAUUACUGAAAUUUACGAAACAGGAAUGCUUGGCGAAAAGGAAUAUUCUUAUAUAUUGGGAUUAAUCGAAAAUAAAUUGUUUGAUCUCGAAUUUUAUCGUGUUCGAAUGCCAAAAGGUCAUGUGAAAGCGAUUGAAAAUGCAUUUGACUUAUUGCUACUCUUUAAAUCACUACCAAAUAAUGAAAAAGCACGUUGGCAAACGAUUAUGAAAGCAAAGCAUAGAUGGUUUCAACCGGGCACAAUUCUUCUUCGAAAAGGUCAAAGAGUAUUCAAUGCCUAUCUUAUUGCUCGAGGUAUUGUUCAAUGUAAAGUUGAUACGAUGCCCAUCCAUUACCGAUCGGGCAAUAUUGUGGGUAUUGAUGCCUUAUUCUCACAAAAUUGUGUAGCACAUGCUACUUAUUCUGUUUGUGGUGGACUUGUAGAAGCCUACCGUAUAGAUGCAACAUUAUUGAAUCAACUUUUAAACGAUGAAAAUUUAGCUCCUUCGAUCUAUCGCGAAAUUGCCUUGCAUGUCUUGAGUAAUCACUAUCAGCCACGUUUGAAAUUGAAUCGUCUACAGCUAAAAUUACUUUUGCACAAGCGAGCAAAAUUCUAUUGGAAUCAACCAGAGGAAUCGAUUCACUUUCAAGAAAAUCAACAACUAUUUAUUCUCUCUGGCAAUGUUAUGUAUUUGUCGAAUGGUCAAAAUAGUACCUAUGAUGCGAUCCAACUUCAAACUUUUGAUAAAGAAGCUGAAGUUCUUUUCAAUCGUUCGACUGUAGCCUUUUCAUGGACGGAUGAUGAUGAAGUUUUUUUUGCUAAAGAUACAAAUCUUGCAAUUGAUUUUUCGAUACAAAACCUUGGUUUGAUUUCAAAUGAUCUAUUUUAUUCUGUAUGUUCGGAUGGAAUCACAGAAUCUUCCGAACAACGGCGUUAA